AUGCCAUCAAAAAUACAUUAUGAAAAGUACGCCAACUGGCGUCCCUUCUGGAAAAAGCUUAAAAGAAAAAAAAACGACCAAAUAUAUAAUGUUGUAAAUGUUUCCAUAGAAGAAUUCACAGCUACUACAAACUACCUUCGUAAUCGGCUACCAUUCGAACUUACCACACCAAAAGUAGCAAUCAUAUGUGGUUCAGGACUUGGACAAUUGGCUGAUGUUAUCGAAAAUAAAGUGGAAUUCGCUUAUGAAGAAAUACCUGGGUUUGUUUCCAGUACAGUGCAAGGCCAUGUAGGAAAACUUAUUUUUGGUCUGCUUGGUGAUAAAAAAACACCAACAGUUUGCAUGGCCGGAAGAUUCCAUUUUUAUGAAGGGUAUACACUUCAACAGGUUACAUUCCCUGUAAGAAUUUUUAAGAUUCUAGGUGUGGAAGUAUUAAUCGUCACAAACGCGAAUGGGGCAAUAAAUAAAGACUUCAAAGUUGGCACUAUAGGCGUAAUAAAUGAUCAUAUUUCUCUCCCUGGUUUAGCCGGAAGCAAUCCCUUAUUUGGUCCGAACUUGUCUGCUUUCGGAACGAGAUUUCCACCAAUUUUCGAUGCAUAUGAUUAUAAUCUUCGUGAAAUUGCAUUCAAAGCUGCAGAAUCCCUGAAAUUCCCUAAAGGAACUUUGAAAGAAGCUAUAUACGCCUUUUACGCCGGACCUUCAUUUGAGACCAGGGCUGAAGCAAGGUUCUUAAAAUCAAUGGGUAGUGAUUUAGUGGGGAUGUCCACUGUGCCUGAGGUUAUUGUGGCAAGGCAUUGUGGAAUUAGGGUAUUAGGUUUUAGCUUGGUGACUUGUAUGCUAAGCAUUGCGAAAGUUAAAUGUGCGGAUCCUGCAGAACAGGAUUUAAAUUAUGUAGAGGAGCCACAAGUGAAUCAUGAGGAGGUGCUUCAAGUUGGAAAAGAAAGAGCUUCGGAUAUGCAAAAAUUGGUUGGAACUAUUGUGGACUUAAUUGCAUAA